GCAUCUGGAGUGCAGGUUGCCGAUGAGGUCUGCCGCAUCUUCUACGACAUGAAAGUGCGGAAGUGCUCCACGCCUGAGGAGAUUAAGAAGAGGAAGAAGGCCGUCAUCUUCUGCCUCAGUCCAGACAAAAAGUGCAUUAUUGUGGAAGAAGGCAAAGAGAUUCUAGUGGGCGAUGUCGGUGUGACGGUUACCGACCCUUUCAAGCACUUUGUGCAGAUGCUUCCKGAGAAGGAUUGCCGUUAUGCCUUGUAUGAUGCAAGUUUUGAGACCAAGGAAUCCAAAAAAGAAGAGCUGAUGUUUUUCUUGUGGGCACCAGAACAGGCACCUCUCAAAAGCAAGAUGAUCUACGCGAGCUCCAAGGAUGCAAUCAAAAAGAAGUUUCAAGGCAUAAAGCAUGAAUGCCAAGCAAAUGGGCCAGAGGACCUCAACCGAGCUUGUAUUGCCGAGAAGCUAGGAGGCUCCCUAGUCGUAGCUUUUGAAGGAAGUCCUGUGUAGAUGUCAUACAGUGCCACAACUCUACAAGCAUUCCAUGUUUUAAUAUAUCAGUUAUGUAAAGCAACCAUUCUAGGCAGGGGUUUCACUAACUGUAGGGAAGCUGUCUUGUAGAAUAAGUAAGUAGACUUUGGAGAUGUAGCUCGUAUGUACAAAUGACCCUAAAUAAAUCAAGUCUAAGGAUUUAUCUUGGUGUAUUGAUAUUUACAUUGGUUGUCCAGCCCAAUACUGUCCCUGUUGGAUUAACACUAACGGCCUCCAAAAAUUUUGGUCCAGUGUCACAAUAUGUGGGAUGAAAGGGUGGGUGAGAGCAGUCUAUUUCCUAUCCUUUUUUUGUUCUAAAUUGUAACAAACAAAACAGACAUUACUUUGAAGCUCCUAGCCAGACUGCCAAACUCCGAAAUCUCCCCCUGUAAYAGGUUAAAAUAAAAAUUAAAACCUGUAGUUAAAAUUAUGUUAAAGCAACCUGUUGGCACCAAAACUGGGUUAAAUACUUAGUGCUUGUGGUUGCCGAGCAGUGCUAGUACAGGUUAUUCACGAAGCUAAGAURCGAAUAGGCACACUUUUCUGGAUACAGUCCUAAUUUGCUCUCUUGUAAACCUCAUAGUGCUGUAGUAAUCUUAAAUUCACUUGCUCUACAGGUGGAAUUUUCUUACUAUGAAGUGUCUUGAGGUCCUUCCCAGCCUGAGUGAUACUAUUAAAAUUGCUUUACUGUCCACAUAGUUUAAUUUAGAACUACCUUAGUUUCACUAAUACACACGUACUAGAGGAUUGGGUGUUUCUGAGGCUUAUACAAAUGCAGGCUCUUAUUUUCAGACUCUCUUGUUAUGUAUAGUACAGUGAAAAGGAACCACUUGAAACUCUUGUAAGUGGCGUUCUCGGCCCCAGUCUUUGGUCCCUUGGUCCAUUUGUCCAUAAUUACUGUUGAUUUAACUUAGUAGAACCAGUCUGAUUAAUAUGGCUUGACCUGGGCUUUUUUGUCUGUUAGCUUCUUUAAUUCUGUAGAAAAUGCAUGGAAAUAUCACCUACUAGAAAGUUUGAUCUGAAAUGCCUUU